UAGACUCAAUUAAUAUAGAAAUGUCUAAUAUACCUACAUUUUCAGAAUUAUUAGCUGCACCCAUUUUCUCACAAAAUUAUACACCAUUAAACCUUGCCUUGACACAUAAUAUAAUGGAACAGUCGCUUGAUACAGAGAUGUCAAAUAUGCCUAUGUUUUCAGAACCAUUAUCAAAAUUAUUGCUAGAAAAUACUGUACCUGUUUUCUCACAAUCAUUAAACCUUGUCUCGACAUAUAAUAUAACAGAACCAGAACAAUUAUCUGAUAUAGAAAUAUCAAAUAAUAUGUUAUCAGAAUCUUUAAUUGAAUCGUUGCCAAAGAAUGUUGCACCUAUUCUUCCACAAAACUAUAAUUAUAUAGUCUCUAAAUUUCAACAAUUUCCUAAUUAUAUUACUCCGGAAGAAUUUUCAAUUGAUCAAUUUGAAAUAGACUUUUUUGUCAAUGUUAAUAAUAUUGAAGGCAUACAACAAUGGUUUUCCAAAUAUGAAGAAAUAUCAAAGACUAUGAUGCCUAAAACAAAGAGCUUUCAAAUCCAAGGAAAAAAAGUUAUUCAUCAGGAGCUACGUCAUUGUAUUCACAAGUGUACAGCUACAAUUCAUAUUCGACUUGAACGUUGGCGCCUUCAAACUACUCACCCACUUGAAGUUAAUAUCAAAUAUACUUAUAAUCAUAUAGUAUACUCUGCUGAGUCUCUUAGUUUCCGGCGUGUUAGAGAAAAUGUGCGUAACAAUUAUCUUGAGUUGUUUGCUAAUGAGUAUUCACCAGCAACAGCUUGGCAUACUUAUGAAGAUAUGAUUUACUUGGGUGCAAGUAAUGAUCAAGAACUUGUACAACUAUUAGCAGAUCGUGCCCAAAAUCCAGAUUAUGGUUAUGUUUUAAAUUUGUUUCAACAAUAUCGUAAUAAACAUCUUGGUGGGCGAAAUGGUAUAACAAUGUUUCAGCAUCUUAAACAAGAA